GCCGCCGCCGCCAUGCUGGCCGGCUGGCGCGGGGUGGCUUGGACCGCCGUGAGCGGCCUGGGCUGGGUCAGCGGCCGCAGCCCCAAGCGGUGGGUCAGCACCAGCUGGUCCCCGGUGGGCGCCGCCUUCAACGCCCAGCCACAGCCGCAGCACCCGCGGUGGGAGCUGGGGAAGAAAACGGGUCUAUUUGGUGUUCCAGAGUUAAGUAGUCCAGAAGGAUUUCAAGAAGCUCAAGAAAAAUCAUUGCAAGAAACAGAACGACUUGUGAAGAAAGCAUGUGCUAUUUCUCCUGGGCCAGAGAUAGUAAUGAUCUUUGAUCAGUUAUCAGAUUCCUUGUGUAGAGUUGCUGAUCUAGCUGACUUUGUGAAAAUUGCUCAUCCUAAUCUUGCUUUCAGAGAGGCUGCUGAAGAAGUGUGCAGAAACAUUGGCACUAUGGUAGAAAAAUUAAAUACAGAUGUAGAUUUGUGUCAAAGUCUGAGAAAAUUGUUGGCCGAUAAAGAAGUCAUGGCUUCCCUUGAUCCAGAUACCAGACGAGUGGCGGAACUUUUCAUGUUUGAUUUUGAGAUCAGUGGUAUUCACUUGGAUGAAGAAAAGCGCGAGAAGGCAGUAAAUCUCAAUGUCAAAAUCCUGGAUUUAUGUAAUGAAUUUCUCAUGGGGUCGCAUCUUCCAAGUAGGAUCGACAAACACGUCUUACCAGAACAUAUCCAUCAUAACUUUGCUGUGAAAGGGAACUAUGUUCAAAUCGGUGGUCUCAAUGCAGAUAGUCCUGAUGAUUUGGUACGUGAAGUGGCAUACAAGGUUUUUCUGUUCCCAAAUGCUCAGCAGUUGCACUGUUUAGAGGAACUGCUUACCAGCAGAAACCUUCUGGCCCAGUUGGUUGGAUAUGAAACCUUUGCUCACCGGGCUCUUCAGGGCACGAUGGCCAAAACCCCAGAGAAAGUAAUGCAAUUUCUUGUAAAGCUUUCAGAUAAAUUAUCCAACCGAACUCUAGACGAUUUUGAAAUGAUGAAUGGCAUGAAAAUGAAAUUAAAUCCUAUGAAAUCAAAACUGAUGCCUUGGGAUCACCCAUACUACAGUGGUGUCCUUCGAGCUGAGAGGUAUAAUAUUGAACCCAGCCUGUAUUGUCCUUUUUUCUCUCUUGGAGCGUGCAUGGAAGGUCUCAACAUUUUGUUCGAUAAACUUUUAGGAAUCUCCCUAUAUGCUGAGCAGCCUGAGAAGGGAGAAGUUUGGUGUGAGGACGUCCGCAAACUGGCAGUUGUCCAUGAACAAGAAGGGUUAUUGGGAUAUAUCUACUGUGAUUUCUUCCAAAGACCAGACAAGCCUCAUCAGGAUUGCCAUUUUACAAUUCGUGGAGGCAGGCUAAAAGAGAAUGGCGAAUACCAACUUCCUGUUGUUGUCCUGUUGCUGAACUUGCCCCAUUCCACUAGGGGAUCACCAACGCUAUUGACUCCUGGCAUGAUGGAAAACCUCUUCCAUGAAAUGGGACAUGCCAUGCAUUCUAUGCUGGGAAGGACUCGGUAUCAACAUGUUACUGGGACAAGGUGUUCUACCGACUUUGCAGAAGUUCCCUCUAUCUUGAUGGAGUACUUUGCAAAUGAUUACCGGGUGGUGAACCAGUUUGCAAGACACUAUGAAACGGGUCAGCCCCUGCCCAAACACAUGGUAUCAAGACUCUGUGAAUCUAAAAAAGUGUGUGCCGCCGCCGAUAUGCAACUUCAGGUCUUUUAUGCUGUCUUGGACCAGAUAUACCAUGGGAAACAUCCCCUAGGAAAGUCAACUACAGACAUUUUAAAGGAAACUCAGGAUAAAUUUUAUGGAUUGCCCUACGUUCCUAAAACAGCUUGGCAGCUCAGAUUCAGCCAUCUUGUGGGUUAUGGCGCCAAGUAUUAUUCCUAUCUCAUGUCUCGGGCGGUAGCAUCCAUGGUAUGGAGACAGUGUUUUGUGCAGGAUCCCUUUAACAGGGCAAUGGGUGAACGUUAUCGCAGAGAAAUGCUGGCACAUGGUGGUGGAAAGGAACCCAUGCUUAUGGUUCAAGGCAUGCUUCAGAAGAGUCCAUCAGUUGAAGACUUUGUGGAUGCCCUUGUUUCAGACUUGGAUCAGGACUUUGAAACAUUCUUUAUGGAUUCUGAAUAACACAGAAGAAAAUGGACGAUU